AUGUUCCAAGGCUUUCAGCGCAUCAAAGGUGCACUCGAUGCCCGAAUUGCUGAAGAGCAAGCAAAGCAGCGGGCUUCUGCCCAGGCAUCGCGGUCACGGUCAGGCUCCACUUCGAAGCGGUCGAAUUCGCGCAAUCUUUCGCCGUCGAAGCGCCCACUCAAAGGAAAGGAUGGCGACAAGGCAGCGCCCACAGGGAAAGGUCCCGAUCCCUCAGAGUUCGAUCCGGAAUUUGUCAUAGGCGAAGACGAUGAGCAGCCGAGUAGAAUAGGGACUCCGCGCCCGAAGGAGAAAGCAGAGGGUGGAGAAACAGCAGGAGCAAGUGAGGACAAAGAGAAGGAGGAGGAGGAUGGAGAGGCCGAAGCUGCGGAAGAAAAGGCACUACCAACACCUGAGAUAGCGCCGGAAACAAGAGCUCGGCUGAGGAAACUUGACAAGCUCGAGCCAAAGUAUUCUGAGUUGCUUCGCUCCUAUCGCAUUGCCCACGCCCGGGUUAGCCUCAUCGAAUCCUUCGAAGCUUCUCUCCGCGAGAAUACCCCGUUGACGUCGAUCAGCGAACCUGCGGAAUUUGUAACAUAUCUCGGCCAGCUAAACGUCAAAAGCGACAUGCUCAUGGAAGAGCUUAAGAGGGUUUCCAAAGAGCGGGACGAAAUGAACAAGAAGCUGGAAGAAGCGGAAAAGGAGGCGAAGGAAGCAUCUGAAGAAGCAGGGAAGUUACAGGCGCAGAUUGAAUCGAACGAAACACUGAAAGACGAUUCGACCGUCCAGACACAAUCCGUUGCUCCGUCAUCCUCAUCCAAAUCCUCCAAAAGGACCGAAGCGACGGAGGACAACGAUGAAUUCUUUUCCUAUGAUAGCGAGCUGCCGCGACUGCAAUCGCAGCUAAAGGAAAGUGAAGAGAAGGCCGAAAAGCUUGAUGAAGAGAAUCAAUCGCUGAAGAAGGAGCUAUCUGUAGCACAGGAGUCGGCAGAAUCAUUCAUGAAGAACCUCGAGACCACAACAAACGAUUUGAUCACCUUCAAGGAUCAGUACACGCGCGCGCAAAAGGAGACCGCCGAGCGCCAGAAAGAGCUUGAUUCGACGAUCGACGACCUUCAGAGCAAGCUUCAAAAUGCCGAACAAGAUCUUGGAAAGCAGAAAGAUGGCUAUAGCGCGCAAGAGAAGACCCUUGCGGAUCUCCAUGCAAAGCUGGACGCGGCAUCAAAAGAGCUUGAAGAGCUACAUUCCACCCGGGGAGAAGAGCUCGUGGAGAGUUAUCAUUCAGAUGCCUUGAGGAAGCAAGUGGAGCAUCUGGAAGGUGAAAUUGUGAACCUCCGUGAUACUCAAUCCAAGACAGAGAAGCGCAACGAGACGCUCAAUGGUUUGGUAAACAACUUGCGCGACCAGUUGAAAGACGCAGAAUCGGAACGUGACAAGACGCAAAGCGAACUGGAGCAGGCUUACAAAGAUCUUGCAGCUGCUUCGAGUCAGAAGUCCGUGAACGAGGCUGAGGCAUCUACGCCAGUACCCACACCUGUUACGGACGCCGGGACUUCCUCCAAAAAGAAGAACAAGAAGAAGAAGAAGGGUGGGAAGGCUGCCAAUGGGGCUCCCUUGGAGAAGACACCAAGCGAGGCUGACGACUCUAAUGGACUUUUGAGUCCUAGUGCUGCUGAGGUUCUCCCGUCCCAGUUGGAAGACGCACAGAAGACCGUCUCACAGCUCAGGUCAGACUUGGAAGCAAAGAUUGCUGCGAUCGAGCGUCUGGAGACCGAGGUCACGGAAAAGGGCAAUUCCAUUGACAACUUGAAAAAGAAACUAAAGGACGAAGAAGCAAUGCGAGAGGAGAUCGAGACUCUGAGGCAGGAUCUGCUUGACUUUGGCUCGGAGCACACGGAGGCGAAGGACCAGGUAAAGCAAUUACAGGCGGAGAAGACGGCUCUAAUGGAGAACCUUGCAAAAUUAGAGAAGGAGAUCGCAGAGCUACGCACUGGCACAUCUGCCCAAGAGAGUUCGGAGCAAGAAAAGAAGGCUUUGGCGGUAGAGUUCGAGGAGCUCAAAGCCAAGGCUAAUUCUUUGCAGACUGAUCUAUCUGUGGCGGAACAGCUCGCUGCUUCAAGAUUUAAGGAACUUACGGACAUGAGAGAUGUCUUGCAGAAAGCUCAGCCGGAACUUACGUCGUUGCGCAAGGAGGUUACUGAAUUGCGAAGCGCCAAGGAAGAGCUUUCCAUCAAAUCAUCGGAAAUGCGUCGUCUGGAGAGCCGUGAAAAAGACCUCAAAUCCGAGAUCGUGGCUUAUCGAACUCGAGUCUCUGACAAGGAUGGUGACAUCAAAACCCUGAACGACAAGGUCAGACAAGAAACAACACAGAGGCUUGCGCUGGAGGAAACCAACCGGAAGAUCCAACGUGACCUUCAGAAGUCCGAGAGCGAUCGUAACGACGCCAUCGAAAACCGUGAGAGACUCACCAAGGAGCUCACCAAGGCGCAAGAAGACCUUAAGAAGUCCCGCGCAACACUUCGAGACCUGGAGCAGCAGGUCGAGAAACUGCAGCGCGAAGCCGGCGGUCUGCACGAUGAGAUUCAGCUCAAGUCUGCUCAGUAUGCAAGCGCACAGGACCUCAUGAAUAGCAUGCAAGAUCAAAGUUUGGAAAUAGGCACGCAGAUGAAGGAGGUACGCGCUAGAAGCGAAAGCCUAGAGGAAGAGCUUGCGGACGCACACCGAUUGCUCAGCGAACGCAGCCGUGAAGCUGAAACCAUGAGGAGGCUUCUUGCAGAUGCGCAGGGUCGAGCCGAUGCGCGCAUCAGGGAGAUGCAAGAUCGCCUUGACAUUGCGAUUGAAGAGAGAGAAAGAGCUGAAGAGCAAGCUAGCUCAUUUGGUCGACGACGUGCCCGUGAGCUGGAAGAGCUCAAACAGAAAGUCCGUGAUGCAGAGCGUGCAGUCAUACGGGCCCAAGAAGACAAGGAAGACCUGGCUUCAUCCGAAAAAGAGCUCAGACGCCAAAAAGAGGACUUUGAACGACGAGCAACACAAGCCAACGACGAAGCUGCCGAGGUACGUGCGGCACUCAGCCAGUUGCGCGAUGCUCUGGACGAGAGCGAGAAGCAGGCGCGUGACCUGGAGAAGGAGAAGGUCGAGCUGCGACGUGCGUUUGAUGAGACGCAGAACCGACUCGAGAAGCUGCAGAAGUCGAGCAAGAGCAUGUCAGAUGAGCUCAGAGCAUUGAAGAUGCGUGCACCAGAAUCAAACGUGCAGUCAUCGAGGUCUUCGCUCGAAUCAUCAAGAUCACGCAUCGCAUCUCCAACGCCCAAGGGCGGAGCGCCCACUGCGCAGGCUGGCGACGGAGCCGUGGACUACGUCUAUCUGAAAAACGUGCUGUUGCAGUUCUUGGAGCAGAAGGACAAGAAGUACCAGCAGCAGCUCAUUCCCGUGCUGGGGAUGCUCCUGCACUUUGACAAGUAA